CAAUCUCCAGCGCUCAAGGUGUUCGAGCCUUCUUGCGUUCAUUAACCUACUGUAUGCACAGAUCAAAUCAAAAUAUUUGGAGAAAGUUGUUGAGAUCCUGUGGAGACCAUGUUUCGAAUGAACAGGGCAGUCGCAGAUGACACUAUUGAAAUGCUUAAUGAAGACAACCCCAGAGUGAAAUAUCGGUUUCGUAAAUGUGGAACGACUCGUGGGUUGAUCAUAGCCCUAGUGGUACUUUUGGUCAUCGGUAUCAUUGUUGGUGUCAUCAUCCUUCGAUUUACGUCGAAAGGAACAAAAAAGGCGCCAAUUGAGAACCCGUCCGCAGAAGAACCACAGAGUAAUAAGACAUCGCAGGCUGACGCUGGUUAUUCGCAAUGGGGAAAUUGGUCCUUGUGUUCCGUAACUUGUGGGAAGGGUCGUUGCAUUCGCUACCGCACUUGCACUAGUCCCCCUUCGAGCACCGGCGGUAAGGAUUGUUUUCAACUGGGACCUUAAAACGAGAAUGAGAAGUGCUUCGCAGGACGUU